AUGAGUAAAAUCAGUGUGGUUUUUACUUUGACUGGCGACCAAGUUAAAUGCGGCUUGUGCCGUGAUUCUUUAAGUUACAACCGGUCGUCGACAUCAAACAUGAUGAGACAUUUACGUACCAAACAUAUGGGUGUUAAUUUAUCAAAAAGAAAAAGAGUAGACGAUGAAGAAAUUGAUGAUCCUAGCACUGACACAACUGAACCAACAUCGAGUUCAAAUGUAGCUGUUAAUUCACAAAUUUGUGUUUCCAAUCAAAUACCCGGCCCGUCAACUUAUUCUGAUCCCGUAGCUCGACCUGUCCAAUUUCAGUCAAACAUAACUCGGUAUAUACCCAAACCUGUAGGUGCAGUAAAAAGAAAUAUUAUUGAUCAACAACUAUUAAAAAUGAUAGUAAAAGAAUACUAUCCUUUUAGUAUUGUGGAGGAUAGUGAAUUUGUUAAAUUAUUAAAUAUUUUAAACCCUGGGUAUACUUUACCAUCCAGAAAAACUUUAACAAAAUCUCGCUUACCUAUUAUGUAUAAUGAAAUAUAUGACAAAGUUAAACACGAUAUCUAUGCAAAUGCAAAUUAUGUAAGUCUGACAACAGAUAGCUGGACCUCUGUAAAAAAUGAAAAUUACACUGCUGUAACUACUCAUUUUAUAAACCGUGACUGUGAACUUAAAAGUUAUUUACUUUCAUGCUUUAAAUAUUCAGAGUCACAUACUAGUGAAAAUUUAAAAAAUGAAUUGAUACGUGUUGUCACUGAGUGGGGAUUAGAAAAUAAAGUUGCUGCGUGUACCUCUGAUAAUGCUGCAAAUAUUGUUGGAGGUGUUAUCUUGUGUAAUUGGAGGCACAUUGGAUGUUUUGCACACUCCUUGAAUUUAGUGGUUCAACACGCCCUAAAACAGAUACAAGAAGUAAGGGAUAAGAUUAAGGGAAUCGUGGGGCAUUUUAAAAGAAGUUCUCAAGCCGCAGCUAGAUUACAACUAAGACAAGAACAGUUACAAUUCAACCCAACACUUACUGUAAUACAAGAUGUUGUAACACGGUGGAACUCCACCUACGAUAUGUUUGAAAGAAUUUUACAUUUAAAAAAUCCACUUAUGUCCGCUUUAGUUGAUUCGAAGUACGAUGUAUAUUUGAGUCCCUCCGAUUGGCAGUUGAUUUCAGACAUUUUUACUACUUUGAAUUUUUUGGCGACGGGCUCUUACCAAUCUCCUAUUGGUAACAGCAAAUUUAUGGUGCUGUCACAACCAACUGUAUCCCGGUGUAUAUGUGAAGUUGUGGCAGCACUAAAUCUGCCUGAGAUAUUUCAAGGAUGGGUUAGAUUUCCUAAAAAUAUGAGUGAGCUUUCUGAAAUACGCAAUGAUUUUUACAAAGAAACUGGAUUUCCAGGUAUUAUUGGUUGUGUUGACUGCACUCAUGUGGCAAUCGUACCUCCAUCAACUAACUUAAAUCUAAAUGAAAAUCAAUAUCCAGAGUAUAUUUAUGUGAACCGCAAAG